AUGCAAUAGUGCCGAGGAAAAAUAAUGUCUGUAAUAUAUACAGUGCAUUAGCAGGUCUAAGCGAGGCAAACGAAGAGCCAAAGGCGCAAAAGAGAAGUGGCGCAAAGCGCGCGUCACUUGGCUGAUAUUUAAAUAAGAGUGGGAGGAGCUUGGCGCACACCCAGCCCUAACUUGGAUUUGAGUUAGGUCGGAUAUCCUUUUAUUCCGGAUCAACAGAAAAACAGAAAAUCAGAAGUCGGAUCUGGUGGAGCAGAAGUGCUGGUGUGCAAGAUCUAAAGAAAAAAGUCAUGGCAACAGACGGGGGGAAAUCUGGAGGUGAAAAACACAAAGGAAAAGCAUCAUCACAGGAUGCACAACCGUCUCCUCUUGCUCUGCUUGCAGCCACAUGCAGUAAAAUAGGAGGUGUGGGCGGAGAAGGCCAGGCUGGCGUGCCCCAGCAGAUUAUCAUCGACCCCAGCCAAGGUUUGCUACAGCUUCAGAAUGCACCUCAGCAGCUGGAGCUGCUCCCUGCCCAGUUCACAGGUAACGGCUGGCAGAUCAUUGCCGCCUCACCUGCCGCCACCGCUGUUACCAAGGACAACACCCAGACUCCCGCCGUAGCCACAGUGGCAACAGGCACCAACAUGGUACCCAUCGACGGCACUCCGGGACGAAAGGUGAAACUAGCCGGCGCAAACAAUGCAUCCAUCUUGCAGCAGCAACAGCAGCAGCAGUUUCAGAUCAUCCAGGUGCAGAACAUGCCGAACGCUACAGGAGGGAUCCAGUAUCAGGUGAUUCCGCAAUUACAGACUGCAGACGGGCAGCAGAUCCAGAUAAACCCAAGCAACCCUACAACGUUCAAUAUUCAGCCUGAGCAGAUUCAGCUCAUUACAGCUGCUAACAAUCAAGCCAUACUUGCCACUACUCCAAGAGCCACCACAGCCAAUGUUGUCUCUCAGAACGUCACCAAUCAGGCAAUUCCGCUGCAGAUUCGCCCUUCAUUUCCACUUCAACUGCAAACUAUUCAGGGCUCACAGGCCCCUUUGGUCACUACAAUACCCAUAAACAUUGGUGGUGUCACCCUGGCCCUGCCCAUCAUUAAUAAUGUGGCUCAUGGUGCGGGAUCGGUGCAACUAGUGCAGACAAAUGACCCAAACUUGGCAAACGGCAACCAGUUCAUCUCGACCCCCGUGACCAGUGUGGAGUCUACAUGUGGGACCACUAGCACAACCAUAUCAGUAGGUGGAGACUCUGUGUCUGCAGAUGCCACAGCAUUAACUUCAGUCUCUGUGGCAGCAGAUAGAGACAUCAGACCCCAGUCAAGUGAAUUCGAAAACCAGAUUACCACUCAAUCCAACGGGCUACAAGCAACAGCCGCUGAGCAGCAGGCCCAAGUGCAGCAGUUCCACAUUGUCAGUCAUCCAGUGCUUCAGCAGUUCCAAAUCCAACCCCAGCAGCAGCAACAGGCAGCACAGCAACCCCAACAACAGCAGCAGCAGCUGGUCCAGAGUGCCAUCCAGCUUCAACAAGCUCAGACGCUUCAGCCGCUCCAGCAAAACGUCCAGCUGCAGGCCUUUCAGAACCCAGCACAGGUCUUGAUCCGGACGCCCACCCUUACACCCUCUGGUCAGAUUAGUUGGCAGACGGUGCAGGUACAGAAUUCCGGAGUGGCUCAGCAACUCACCCUGGCUCCGGUGGCCUCCAGCCAGAGUGGUGGUGCAUUCACACAGAUUGCACCUCUUGCAAUUGGAGGGACACCCAUCACCCUUAACACAGCCCAGCUUACAUCAGGAACAGGCAUGCAGACUGUCAACAUAGCAGGUCUGGGUGCUGCUGGGGUACAAGGGAUGCAAGUGCAGGGGAUGCCACUUACCAUCACUGGAGUGCAAGGCCAACAGCAGGGCCAGGAUGGUGUUAAAGUUCAACCGGCUCCAGUCACCGUUACUGUGGGCAACAUAACCAACGCCAGUCUUAACGCAGUAAGUCCAGAUCAGCUGGUACAGGCGCAGAGCCCUUCGGAGCAGGAGGGUCAGCCGAGCAAGAGGUUACGCAGGGUCGCCUGCUCCUGCCCGAACUGCAGGGACGGAGAAGGCAGAAACAACACUGAUCCUUCGAAAAAGAAGCAGCACGUGUGUCACAUGGAGGGCUGCGGGAAAGUCUACGGAAAGACGUCGCACCUAAGAGCUCACCUGCGCUGGCACACCGGAGAGAGACCCUUCGUCUGCAACUGGAUCUUCUGUGGCAAGCGCUUUACAAGAAGUGACGAGCUACAGCGGCACCGCAGGACACACACAGGUGAGAAGAAGUUCGAGUGUCCAGAAUGUUCCAAACGUUUUAUGAGGAGCGACCACCUGUCAAAGCACAUUAAAACCCACCAGGGCAAAAAAGGAGGUGCGGCACUGGCCAUCCUCACCACAGAAGACAUGGAGGACGAGGUGGAGGAGGCGCUGGGCUCGCCGAGAAUCGUCACCGUGGCCUCCAUCUCCCAGGAUUCAAACCCGGACACGCCGACGACGUCUAAUAACCUAGGGGAGGAGUUCGAGUAGCUUCGGCUUUGACUAAUCUGCUGAAAGCACCAUGUUAUAUAUUGGCUUUUAGUUAUAUAUUGGCUUUUAGUUAUAUAUUGGCUUUUAGUUCUGUUCCCUUGUUUGUGUUUUUGAUUUUUUUUAUGAAAAUGGACAGCUCUCGGAGUGUAUUUGAUUUCUUAUGAAAGUGUAAACUAUGAAAUAUUAUAAUAGAAAAUAAUGUAAAGAGGUAUGAAUUUAAUUGGUUUUUAAAGGCAUACAGUAAUGCUAUUGGUAACGAGAAGGAUGUCUGUAUGUCUUACAGCAGCACAAGGACAAAAGUACGAAAAUCCAUUAUGAAGCGUCUUUCUUUAGGAUUAAAUUGUCUCUAUGCACAAUUGUAUAUCUUCUACAGAUGAAUUAUGGCUUGAUUAUUAAUUAUAUUACGAUUGGAGAGGAGGAUAGACAAGGCAAAAGCAGUGAGCAGGUUGGUGCUGGGUGGGUUUUGAAAGCAGGCAGGGAUAAUGAGUGUUGAUCUGAACUGCUCAGUUUAAAUAUGUUGGAUCAGUGGUGUAGUCAAGGCCUUAAACACAUUAACUAAAUACUCACUUUUAUAGAGCUGUAAACAAGUUAGAAGUUAGGAGUAACGAAUAGCUGCAAAAAACUUACUAUUUCGGACUGGACUACACCACUCCUGUACCAUUCCUGUUCUUCACA